CUCCUACCGCCCCUUGCCUCCCCCCUGGUCGCGAGCCGAGGCUUCUUCUCUCAUUGUCUCUGGCCGAUUGCCAGGCCAAAUGUCGUCUCUCCAUUCAUUCUUAUAAGACGGCGGGUGUGUGUCGUGGGACUGAGAGGCAUCGAGCGCUUACAUCUGGCACGUCCACAGAGCUCGACAGCGCUAGUAGCAUCAACAGCACCGCCCGCGAGCUGCGCAAGUAGUCUGACCUACGCAUUAGCGUAUCAUUGCAUCUUCGCCCUGGGAAAUACGCUUCGUUCUUCACUUCGACCUGCAAGCCGCCCCAGCGCAACGUCAUCGCCAUGCCCAUCCCGCCCUCCGAGUAUGUCAGCAACGUGUGGAAGCAGGGCAUAUUCGAUGGUCGUGUUGUCUUCGUAACCGGCGGCGCCGGCACCAUCUGCAGCGCCCAGACGAGGGCUCUCGUCCACCUCGGCGCAAACGCCUGCAUCAUCGGCCGCAGCCAGGAGAAGACCGAGGCCGUCGCGAAAGAUCUCGCUACUGCCCGACCCGGUGCCAAGGUCAUCGGCAUCGGCGGAUGUGAUGUUAGGGAUCCCGAGAACCUGGUGAAAGCCGCCGAGAGAUGUGCCAGAGAGCUCGGCGCGAUCGAUUUUGUCAUAGCCGGGGCUGCCGGUAACUUCGUGGCGCCGAUUUCCGGCCUGACGUCCAACGGCUUCAAGACGGUCAUGGAGAUCGACGUGCUGGGGACCUACAACACGGUGAAGGCCACGAUCCCGUACCUCGUCGAGUCCGCCGCCCGGAACAAGGGCAGCAAGGACGGGCUCACGGGCGGCAGGAUCCUGUUCGUGUCGGCGACCUUCCACUACACGGCGAUGCCGAUGCAGGCGCACGUGAUGGCGGCAAAAGCGUCAGUGGACUCGAUCAUGGCGUCGGUGGCGGUGGAGUACGGGCCGUACGGCGUGACGUCGAACGUGGUGGCGCCGGGCGGGAUCGAGGCGACCGAGGGCCUGAUGCGGCUCGCGAGCAGCAAGGUGGACGCGAAGACGGCCGGGGCCGGGAUCCCGCUCGGCCGGCUCGGCACCGUCCGCGACAUCGCCGACGCUACCGUCUACCUCUUCAGCGACGCAGGCAACUACGUCAACGGCGAGGUCCUCAUCGUCGACGGCGCCGACUGGCGCCACCGCGGCAUGGGCGUCGGCCUCGACGCCGACAUGCGCUACCCCGACUACCUCCUCAAGGGCGAGUUCUCCAAGUUUGUCAAGACCGGUCGCAAGGACAAGUCCAAGCUCUAGACGACAGGAUAAAAGAGGGGUGGGAAGAGAGAAAGACGGGUGCACGCGUCACACGUAGGCACGGAUACCUGCGUAACUUGCCCGCGUAGCACCCCCAAAUCGGCUUCGUUAUGUACUCGAAGCGUCGGGCAGUGUCGGGAUACUCGCUUCACGCGGGUAGGUAACAGGCACAUGACCCAUUACGGCCACGAAAUCGAAGGCCUCUGGGGCGUGUGAGACAUGCUCCUGUCAUAUAUGUAGUCGCAUUCGGACGGGGCUCUCUCCCCAUUCCCAGGUGGAGGGAUACAUGGGUACAUGUAAUGUCGGACAAGGGGUGGGUCAACGAUUGGUUCAAGGUCUCUUCAUCUCAACUGACUCGCCGCCUUGCAUACUCCCUAUUCUAGGUAUGUAGUAUAGUGCGGGAUGGGGGCUUAGGUAUACGAUUAAACAGUUUCCUAGAGAUAUAUGCAUACAAUAGGUAGUGCAUGUGUUUAACGGGGAUAUGGAAGCAGAAUCAUACGAGUGAGAGAAGUUACGGCAGAAAAUAACGGUAUUCUAUCAG